AUGGAGGAGGUCGCCAGCAGUGCAGAGUCUCUGCUGCAGCACCUCUGUGGGGUGGGUGAUUUGCUGACUGUCCGAGUCCCAAGCUCGAUCUCCUGCUCUGUAGGUGAGAUGGAGCGAAGGGAAGCCAUCAACAUAGACGUUUUUCUCCCUGAAGCAGAGAUGAAGCCUAGCUUCAGAGUUACAGUGGAGACUUUGGUGGAUCUGCAUGUUCUGGUGUCAGCUCAACUCUUUUCUUUGUCCUCAGCUUUCCGCUUGGCUCUCAUCCAGCUUCAUAUUUCUUCCAUCAAGUCAGACAAUGUCGCUCGAGCUUGUAGCUUUAUCCGGGAGGCAGCAACCCAAGGAGCCAAUGUAAUUUCUCUGCCAGAAUGCUUUAAUUGUCCAUAUGGCACGAAAUAUUUUCCUGAAUAUGCAGAGAAAAUCCCUGGUGAUUCCACACGGAAGCUUUCUGAAGUAGCAAAGGAGUGCAGCGUGUAUCUCAUUGGAGGCUCUAUUCCUGAAGAGGAUUCUGGGAAAUUAUAUAACACCUCUGCUGUGUUUGGGCCUGAUGGAUCUUUAUUAGUAAAGCACAGAAAGAUCCAUCUGUUUGACAUCGACGUUCCUGGGAAAAUUACAUUCCAAGAAUCUAAAACACUGAGUCCGGGUGACAGUUUCUCCACAUUUGAUACUCCUUACUGCAAAGUGGGCCUGGGCAUCUGCUAUGACAUCCGCUUUGCAGAGCUGGCACAGAUCUAUGCACAGAGAGGCUGCCAGCUGUUGGUAUAUCCUGGAGCUUUCAAUUUGACCACUGGACCAGCCCACUGGGAGUUGCUGCAGCGUGGCCGGGCUGUGGAUAAUCAGCUGUAUGUGGCCACGGCCUCUCCUGCCCGGGACGACAAUGCUUCCUACGUUGCCUGGGGACACAGCACCAUCGUGAAUCCUUGGGGAGAGGUCCUGGCAAAAGCUGGCACUGAAGAAACGAUCGUGUACUCGGACAUAGACCUGAAGAAGUUGGCUGAAAUACGCCAGCAAAUCCCCAUUCUUAGACAGAAGAGAUCAGACCUGUAUGCAGUGGAGACCAAAAAGCCCUAAGGUUUAUGUUUCCUGUCAUGAAACAAGAAGAUGUGAUUCUUAACAUAAUCAACUCCCUGUUGAAUUCUCGAAUGGGGUGUUUUGUUUUGUUUUGUUUUUAAUUCAGCCUUUUCUUCUCAGGGAACUGUGUUGGGAUGGUAGAGCAUCAUCAGCACACUGACAUUCUCUUCACAGUGAACA